AUGUUCAUCGACGCCUUAUACGAUCUCCAAGAACCUCCGUUAGCGGCGGUACCGACUGCGACUCCGUCGCGUUCGCCGCGAACGACGCUGCCGAGGAUCCAGCUGCCUCAAUUCUCAGGACGCUACGAGGACUGGCCGCCCUUUCGCGACCUUUUCAACUCCCUCAUUGGGAAGGAUGCGGCCACUAGUCCCGUUGAGAAGCUGCAUUAUCUCAAGGCCAGUGUGAAGGGGGAUGCGGACCUGCUGAUACGGAAUCUACCGACGACGUCUGAGAAUUAUGGCCGGGCUUGGCAGGCGCUGACGGACUUCUACGAGAACAAGAGACUCUUGGUGCGUUCCUACCUUCACCAGUUCAUGGCCCUGACUAAGUUGAAGAGUGAGUCUGCUUCGGAACUACGUAAGUUAUACCACUGCGUUUUGAAUACCGUCAGCUCGCUCGAAGGCAUCGAGAGACCGAUUACUAGCGGGGAAGAUCUUUUCGUGCAUCUCGUCGUCGAGCUUCUUGACGCCCGAUCGCGCCGCGAAUGGGAGGCUUCUAUGAGCGAUACAACGGAACCUCCGUCGUACGAUGAUCUACAGAUCUUUUUGGAGAGACGGUUGCAUACUUUAGAGUCGCUUCAACCGGUCAGGCCCGAGCCCGCGAAAGCCGAGGUGACGUCGUCUAAAACAACGCGAGCCCUUCACGCGCGUAAACGGGACAAUAAGGGCGGACGUUGCUCCUUGUGCGGUAAGGAGCAUUAUAUUCUCUGGUGCGACGUUUACCAAAAAAAGACUGCCGACGAGAGAAAGCGUCACGUGGAGGCCAACCACUUGUGCCUCAACUGUCUUGGAAGACAUAAAUUGAGCGAUUGCCGCUCCAAAAGGACUUGCUCGACGUGUAUUGCGCAGCACCACACGAGCCUCCACGAGGCUUUCCAGACAAGUGUCGCCUCAACAACGUCACAUUUGGCGCAGCAUCCACCGGCUCUUCCGGUUGCUGUCCUCCUUGCUACCGCCCGCGUUCGUGUUCUCGAUCGGUGCGGGGCCGUUCAUACGGCGCGUGCGCUCGUGGACCAGGGUUCGGAGUCAUCUUUGGUUUCCGAGUCUCUGGCUCAGCGCCUUCGAUUACCGCGGUCCUCUACGUCGAUCGCGAUAUUCGGUGUCGGGGGGAAACAGACAGGCACCGCGCGCGGCCUCAUCUCCAUGCAGAUCUCUCCGCUGACGGGAGGGGCUCCGAUGACCGUGCCGGCCUUAGUGUUCCUCCAGCUCACGCUCUACGACAGUGGGAUCAGAGCGGAUCCUAAAUCUUGGACGCAUCUGGCGGCCCUGGAAUUGGCGGACCUUGAUUAUCUGGCCGCGGAUCCUAUUGACAUCCUGCUCGGCGCAGAUGUCUACGCGUAUAUCCUCCAGCCGGGCCUACAAAAGGGCGGACCCAACGAGCCGGUCGCCCAGCAGACGUCGCUCGGCUGGAUCCUUUCGGGAGCCGUUAGCUCCGCUAAUUCCUCUCGCCGCGCGCUAACUCUCCACUGCCGAGUCGAGGAAGACUUGGCUACGCUGGUCGAAAAAUUCUGGCAGCAGGAUGAGCUUGCCGACCGUUCGUCACCUCUUACCCCUGCUGACCAGGAGUGCGAGGAUCAGUUCCGCCAGACUCAUCGUCGCGCUGCUGACGGGCGUUAUGUCGUACGUCUUCCCGUCAAACCACCGUUACCGGAUCUCUCGCGUACGCGACACACGGCCCGGCGCGUGCUAACAAACAUGGAGCGGCGGUUCUCUCAGGACGCGCGGCUGCGGCGACUGUACGUCGACUUCCUCCGCCAGUACGAGGACAUGGGCCAUAUGACUCCGUUGAAUGGCUCGAAGGGUGCCGGGGGACCUGUGAGCUACCUCCCGCACCACGGCGUGUUGCGGGAGUCCAGCACGACGACCAAGCUGCGCGUCGUGUUUAACGGCUCGACCGCGACUUCUUCGGGCGACUCGCUGAAUCGUCACCUCCUGGUGGGUCCGAACCUGCUUCCUCCUCUAGCCGAUGUACUUCUCCGUUGGCGAGUGCAUCGCUUCGUGCUCGCCACGGACAUAGAGAAGAUGUACCGGCAGAUCAUGGUACACCCUGAAGAUCGGGAUCUGCAGCGAAUUGUCUGGCGGUACAAUCCACAAGAUGAGCUCCGUGAGUACCGUCUGAACACGGUUACAUACGGCUUGGCGUGUGCGCCGUUCUUGGCUAUGCGCGUCUUACGGCAGCUCGCCGAUGAUGAGGAAACGCGCUACCCUCUCGCUGCCGCCGUGAUUCGGAGGGACGUCUACAUGGACGAUGUCCUUACGGGAGCCGACUCGCUCACGGACGCCCGCGAGCUCCUUCAUCAACUAGUCAAUCUCUGCGUGGCGGGCGGCUUUCCAUUAC